AUGAAUAAUCUAACAGAUGAACAACAUUAUCAACAUUUACAAUCAUUACCUAUUAAUGAUUUACAAACAUUAUUAACAUUUGCUGGACAAUCCAGAACUGGUAAAAGACAAGAAUUAAUUGAUCGUUGUCAUGUAUUAAUUAAAUCAUCAAUAACAAUAAGAGAAAAAUGUGAAGAAUUACAUAAUAAACGUCAUGGACUAGGUGAAAAACAAACAAUACCUUAUCCUAGAGAUUCAACAAAUACAUUGAGAACAACACAUCAUCAAAUGCAUUCAAAUCAACAUCAAAAUAUUGAUAUACGUUUUGCACCAUUUACAUUUAAUGAAGAUCUAUGUGUUAUUUCAACUCCACAUACAGUUGCAUCAUCUAAACAAUCAUCAAAUGCACCACAAUCAUUGGUUAAUUUUUAUUUCUUAUUAUCAGCACAACAAGCAUCAGAUGUUGCAACAUCAACAUUUUUCAAUUCUGAUCAAUCAAAAGUUGAAUAUCGAAAACAAAUAUUAUUAAGAUUUACAACAAUUGGUGGUGAUUCAAUGAAUAAUGGUAUUAAUGCUCCAGAUAAAUUACCACCAAAUCUAUAUGUUAUUGUUAAUAAUCGAGUAGUUCCAUUACCACAACCAAAACCAACAGCAAAACCAAAUUCAGAUGUUAUUCGACCAGGUCGUCCAAUCGAUAUAACAGAAUAUUGUCGUUUAUGUCCUUUAAUAUCUAAUCUAAUUGAAAUAUCAUGGUUUACUCAAGAUUUAACAGUUCCAGCUCCAACAUAUGUUGCUGCUGUUGUUCUAACUGAACGUAAAACAGUUCCACAAUUAUUAGCUCGUCUUAAUCGUCCAUCAGCAGUUCGUCCAUCUAUUGAAACUCAACGUACAAUAACACAAAUUUUAUCAGCUCCACAAACUCCUCAAGGAACUGAUAAUGAUCUUGAAGUUGCAUCAACAUCACUUCGUUUACCACUUGAAUGUCCAGCAAUGCGUAUUCGAAUGAGAAUGCCUGGAAGAGCAAUAACAUGUAAACAUGUGCACUGUUUUGAUUUAGAAGGUUAUUUACGUAUGAAUGAAAAAAAACCAACUUGGCUUUGUCCUGUCUGUAAUAAACCAGCACUAUAUACAGAUUUAUUUGUUGAUCAAUUUUUUAUUGAUGUUAUUGGCAAAUGUCCAACGGAUACUAAAGCUAUUGAGUAUGAACCAAAUGGACAAUGGAAAGCUUGUGGAGAAGAGAAACAAUCGAGACGAGCACAACGUGAAAAAGAAGCAUUUAAAGCAGCACUAGCAGCAAAAAAUACCAAUGGAAAAUCAAUGGCAGAUAAUGAUAAUUCACCUACUGAAGAUUCUGAUGAUGAACGAUCACGUACAAAAUCAAUCGAACGUUCAACUGCACCAGCAGCUCAAGAUGACAUUCCUAUUAUCGAACUAGAUGAUGAUUAA